GAACAGCAGGAUAUAGCAGCCCCCAAAACCCUAACCAGUAUUGGUACUGAGAAACUGAAACACACUGUGUGUUGUGUUGCAGGAACUGAAACUGAAGCGUCUUUGCAUUAAUAAUCUGAUUCUGAGCUUCGGAUCUUCCCAUUUUUUACAAUGGCGGAAUCAUUGCAAUCUCUGGUUUCCCUCUCCGAAUUGGUUACUACUUCGUCUACUAACCAACGAGUUCGGAUAUUUCAUCGCGAAAUCCCUGCGUUUUUGAAUUCUCCUACUUCAGAUAUGUCAGCAGAGGUUGCCUCAUUAUUGACUGAUAUAGUAUUUAGAACGGUUUCGAUUUAUGAUGAUCGUAGAUCAAGGAAAGCUGUUGAUGAUGUGAUUGUAAGAGCUUUAGGUGGAACUGUUUUCAUGAAAACCUUCGCUGCAGCUCUUGUUCAGAAUAUGGAAAAGCAAGUGAAGUUUCAAUCUCAUGUGGGAUGCUACAGACUUGUCAGUUGGUCAUGUCUCCUUUUGAGCAAAAGCCAGUUUGCCACGGUUUCAAAGAAUGCUUUGUGUAGAGUAGCUGUGGCACAGGCUUCUUUACUUAAUUUAGUUUUCCAAAGAUCUUUUCGUGAGAAGAGGGCUUGCAAGAAAAAGUUUUUCCAUUUAUUUUCUAAGUCACCAGAUAUUUAUAAAGUCUACAUAGAAGAACUGAAAAAUGACCGAAUCCCUUACAAGGAUAGUCCGGAACUAUUAUUGUUGUUACUGGAGUUCUCAAGUCGAGCUCCCCCUUUAUUUGGAGAAUUCAAGGUGACAUUUCUUGAUAUAUAUGUUAAUGCAAUACUGAGUACAAAAGAGAAGCCAAGAAAGAGUCUUACUGAAGCAUUUUGUCCACUUUAUUUGCAAAUGUCACAUGAAGAUUUUCAAAAUACUGUGAUACCAUCCUCUGUUAAAAUGCUAAAACGCAACCCGGAGAUUGUAUUGGAGUCUGUUGGAAUUCUUUUGAAGUCUGUUAACCUUGAUUUGAGUAAGUAUGCGGCUGAAGUUCUUUCAGUGGUAUUAGCACAGGCUCGGCAUGCUGAUGAAGGGAGAAGGAAUGGGGCAUUAGCUAUAGUCAGGAUUCUGAGCCAAAAAUCUAGCAAUCCGGAUGCAUUAGACACAAUGUUCAACGCUAUCAAAGCUGUUAUUAAAGGUUCAGAAGGAAGGCUGGCUUUUCCAUACCAAAGAGUUGGAAUGGUGAAUGCAAUACAAGAAUUAUCCAAUUCACCCGAUGGAAAAUACCUCAUCAGUCUUUCACAUGCAAUAUGUGAUUUUCUUUUAUCCUUCUACAAGGAUGAUGGAAACGAGGAGGUUAAAAUUGUGACGUUGUCAGCUAUAGCUUCCUGGGCAAUUAGAUCUACAGAUAUCAUUCAAGAAAGUUUAAUUUCCUUUUUCGUUUCUGGUCUCAAAGAGAAGGAAACAUUAAGAAGGGGUUUUCUGCGCAGUUUACAUGCUAUAUGCAAAAAUGCAGAUGCUGUCUUAAGGAUGUCACCGUUGCUUGGCCCUCUUGUCCAACUUGUGAAAACUGGCUUUACCAAGGCGGUGCAACGUUUAGAUGGCAUAUAUGCAUUGUUAUUAGUAGGAAAGAUAGCUGCUGUUGAUAUUAAAGCUGAGGAAACAUUGGUAAAGGAAAAGAUAUGGUCUGUGGUAUCACAAAAUGAACCUUCCCUGGUGCCAAUUUCCAUGGCAUCCAAGUUAUCAAUUGAGGAUAGCAUGGCAUGUGUUGAUCUUCUUGAAGUGCUUCUUCUGGAACAUUUACAGCGUACGUUAUCCAACUUCUCGGUCAGAUUGCUGUUACAGUUAAUGAUCUUUUUUAUAUGCCAUCCGAGGUGGGAUAUUCGAAGAAUGGCUUAUAAUGUUGCUAGGAAGAUUAUUACUUCCACUCCGCAAUUAUCUGAAGAUCUUUUCUUUGAACUUUCAAAGUACCUUUCUUUGAUUGGAGAGAAAGUUUUAGCUUUAAGAAUAAGCGACAGUGAUAUUUCUUUGGACCCUCAAGUUCCAUUCAUUCCAUCUGUUGAGGUUUUGGUAAAGGCUCUGCUAAUUAUGUCACCAGCAGCUCUGAAACUUUCUCCAGAUUCAUUUGUCAGAAUAAUACUUUGCUCACAUCACCCAUCUGUAGUUGGUUUUGCUAAAAGAGAUGCAGCGUGGAAGAGGCUCUUCAAGUGUCUGCAAACACAUGGUUAUGAUGUCAUUCAUAUCAUGUCUGCUAAUGUGGUUAAUUUCUUAGAGUUCUUACUGGGACCAAUGGGUUUGAGGAGUGCUAAUCCACUAGAACAACAGGCAGCAAUAUCGUCACUGUCCAACUUGAUGUCCAUUAUCCCUGGAGAUACAUAUACGGAGUUUGAAAAGCAUUUGCUAAAUCUUCCUGAGCGGUUUUCUCAUGAUUCACUUUCGGAGAAUGAUAUUCAGAUCUUUCAUACCCCAGAAGGAAUGCUUUCCACUGAGCAAGGAGUUUAUGUUGCUGAAUCUGUUGCUGUUAAGAACACAAAACAAGAUAAUGCUCGUUCUAACCAUUCAGUGAAGAAAGAUCAAGCUAGUAGAGAAACUGCUGCUGCAGGGAAAAGAGAUGGAAAGACAACAAAGAAGGCUGACAAAGGGAAGACAGCAAAAGAGGAGGCAAGAGAAUUACUGCUCAAGGAGGAGGCUUCUGUACGUGAUAGAGUCCAUGAAAUAGAGAAAAAUCUGUCUUUGAUGCUAAGAGCUCUUGGAGAUAUGGCCAUCGCCAAUUCAGUUUUUGCACAUAGUCGACUGCCUUCAAUGGUCAAGUUUGUUGAACCUUUAUUGCGAUCGCCUAUUGUAAGUGAUGAGGCCUUUGAAACCAUGGUGAAGUUAUCAAGAUGCACUGCUCCUCCUCUAUGUGAUUGGGCCCUUGACAUUUCCACUGCUUUGCGUCUAAUUGUGACUGAUGAAGUUCAUCAUCUGUUGGAUUUAGUUCCAUCAGUAGCUGAAGAGGAAGUCAAAGAAAGGCCAUUCCUUGGUCUUUUUGAGCGAAUUUUAGAUGGCUUAUCCACUUCAUGUAAAUCAGGAGCACUUCCUGUAGAUUCUUUUUCUUUUGUAUUCCCUAUAAUGGAGCGAAUUCUUCUGUGCUCAACGAAAACAAAAUUUCAUGAUGACGUGCUUCGGAUAUUUUAUUUACACCUGGAUCCCCAUCUUCCACUUCCUAGGAUUCGAAUGUUAUCGGUCCUUUACCAUGUCCUUGGUGUUGUUCCAGCUUAUCAAGCAUCAAUAGGGCCUGCACUAAAUGAGUUGAGCCUUGGUUUUCAACCUGAUGAAGUUGCUUCUGCACUUUAUGGAGUUUAUGCAAAAGAUGUUCAUGUAAGAAUGGCAUGCUUAAAUGCUGUCAAAUGUAUCCCUGCUGUUGCUAAUCGUUCUCUACCCGAGAACACUGACGUUGCUACGAGUAUAUGGAUAGCAUUACAUGAUCCUGAGAAGUCAGUUGCUGAAGUGGCAGAAGACAUAUGGGAUCAUUAUGGGUUUGACUUUGGAACUGACUUUUCAGGACUUUUCAAAGCACUUUCUCAUGUUAACUACAAUGUUCGUCUGGCAGCUGCGGAAGCAUUAGCUGCUGGCUUGGAUGAAUAUCCAGAUUCUAUACAAGAGACUCUUUCCACUUUAUUUUCGUUGUAUAUUCGUGACAUGGGUAUUGGAGAUGACAAUGUUGAUGCUGGUUGGCUGGGUAGGCAAGGAAUAGCGUUAGCAUUGCUGUCUGCUGCUGAUGUGUUGAGAACAAAAGACCUACCUGUUGUCAUGACAUUUCUAAUAUCAAGAGCACUGGCUGAUCCAAAUGCUGAUGUUAGAGGCAGAAUGAUCAAUGCUGGUAUCUUGAUUAUUGAUAAAAAUGGAAAAGAUAAUGUCUCGUUGUUAUUCCCCAUAUUUGAGAACUACUUAAACAAAACUGCACCAGAUGAAGAAAAAUAUGACUUAGUUCGUGAGGGUGUAGUUAUCUUCACUGGAGCUCUGGCAAAACACUUGGCAAAGGAUGAUCCUAAGGUUCAUGCUGUUGUGGACAAAUUGUUGGAUGUUUUAAACACUCCUUCAGAAGCUGUUCAACGGGCAGUCUCUGCAUGUCUAUCUCCGUUAAUGCAAUCGAAACAAGAUGAUGCAGCAGCUCUUGUUACUCGGCUGUUGAAUCAGAUGAUGAAAAGUGAAAAAUUUGGAGAACGCCGUGGGGCUGCUUUUGGUCUUGCCGGAGUGGUUAAGGGAUUUGGCAUUUCUUGCUUGAAAAAGUAUAGGAUUGUUAUUAUACUUCAAGAUGCUCUUGCCGAAAGAAACUCCGCGAAAUCUCGUGAAGGAGCUCUACUUGGAUUUGAGUGCCUUUGCGAAACGCUUGGAAGACUAUUUGAACCGUAUGUGAUUCAGAUGUUACCAUUACUUUUGGUUUCAUUCUCUGAUCAAGUUGUUGCAGUUCGGGAAGCAGCUGAAUGUGCUGCUCGUGCAAUGAUGUCUCAACUUAGUGCUCAAGGAGUGAAGCUUGUCCUCCCAUCUCUUUUGAAGGGUCUUGAAGAUAAAGCUUGGAGGACAAAACAAAGUAGUGUACAACUACUUGGUGCUAUGGCUUACUGUGCUCCUCAACAGUUGUCUCAGUGCCUCCCUAAGAUUGUUCCCAAAUUGACUGAGGUUUUAACCGAUACCCAUCCUAAAGUUCAGUCAGCUGGGCAAAUGGCCCUUCAGCAGGUUGGGAGUGUGAUAAAGAAUCCAGAAAUAUCUGCUCUUGUGCCUACUCUACUCAAGGGACUUAGUGAUCCUAAUGAGCACACAAAAUAUUCCCUUGAUAUUCUUCUCCAAACAACCUUUGUUAAUUCAAUUGAUGCCCCGUCACUUGCAUUAUUGGUGCCAAUAGUACAUAGAGGACUAAGGGAAAGAAGUGCUGACACUAAGAAGAGGGCAGCACAAAUAGUUGGAAACAUGUGUUCAUUGGUGACAGAACCGAAGGAUAUGAUUCCAUAUAUAGGAUUGUUGCUUCCUGAAGUGAAAAAGGUUCUUGUGGAUCCUAUCCCUGAAGUUCGGUCAGUUGCUGCCAGAGCCAUUGGUUCCCUUAUUGGAGGAAUGGGCCAAGAAAAUUUCCCUGAUCUUGUCCCGUGGUUGUUCGACACACUGAAGUCUGAUAAUAGUAAUGUUGAACGCUCUGGAGCAGCUCAAGGCCUGAGUGAGGUCUUGGCUGCGCUUGGCAUUGAGUUCUUUGAACAUUUACUUCCUGAUGUUAUUCGAAAUUGCUCCCAUCAAAAAGCAGCUGUUCGAGACGGAUACUUGACGUUGUUCAAGUAUUUGCCACGGUCAUUAGGAGUUCAGUUCCAGAACUAUCUUCAACAGGUGCUGCCUGCUAUCAUAGAUGGUCUUGCUGAUGAGAAUGAAUCUGUACGUGAUGCUGCACUUGGGGCUGGCCAUGUCCUUGUAGAGCAUUAUGCAACAACGUCUCUGCCUCUUCUCCUUCCAGCUGUUGAGGAUGGCAUUUUUAAUGAUAAUUGGCGUAUCCGACAGAGCUCGGUUGAGCUGUUGGGUGAUCUAUUGUUCAAAGUUGCUGGAACUUCUGGUAAAGCUUUGCUUGAGGGUGGCAGUGAUGAUGAAGGUUCUAGUACCGAGGCACAUGGACGUGCCAUCAUUGAGGUUCUGGGGCGCGAUAAGCGUAAUGAAGUACUUGCUGCAUUGUAUAUGGUUCGAGCUGAUGUUAGUUUGUCAGUACGUCAGGCUGCUUUACAUGUGUGGAAAACUAUAGUGGCAAAUACUCCAAAGACUCUUAGGGAAAUUAUGCCAGUUCUAAUGGAUACUUUAAUUUCAUCACUUGCAUCUUCAUCAUCUGAAAGGCGGCAGGUUGCUGGAAGAUCAUUGGGUGAGCUUGUCAGGAAGCUUGGUGAACGAGUGCUUCCUUUGAUAAUACCAAUCUUAUCCCUGGGGUUGAGUGACCCUGACAGCACCAGAAGACAGGGUGUAUGUGUUGGUCUGAGUGAAGUGAUGGCAAGCGCUGGUAAGAAUCAGUUGUUGACUUUCAUGAAUGAGCUCAUCCCAACUAUUCGUACUGCCCUUUGUGAUAGUGUGCCCGAGGUUCGUGAAUCAGCAGGCUUAGCAUUCAGCACUUUGUAUAAGAGUGCUGGACUGCAAGCUAUUGAUGAAAUUGUUCCGACUCUUCUACAUGCAUUGGAGGAUGAUGAAACUUCUGAUACUGCACUCGAUGGCCUUAAACAAAUUCUGAGUGUCAGAACAAGUGCAGUAUUGCCUCACAUUUUGCCCAAACUGGUUCAGCCUCCAUUGUCUGCUUUCCAUGCACAUGCUCUAGGGGCUUUAGCAGAGGUUGCUGGACCUGGCCUUGACUUUCAUCUUGGUACUGUACUUCCUCCUUUGCUGUCAGCAAUGGAUGAUGAUGACAAGGAGGUUCAAACUUUGGCUAAGGAGGCUGCUGAAACAGUGGUCUCAGUUAUUGACGAGGAAGGUGUUGAGCCUCUCAUAUCAGAGCUUGUGAAAGGUGUUAGUGAUAGUCAGGCUGCCGUCAGAAGAUCUAGUUCAUAUCUGAUAGGGUAUUUCUUCAAAAAUAGCAAGUUAUAUCUGGUUGAUGAAGCUCCAAACAUGAUAUCCACCCUAAUCAUUUUGCUGAGUGAUCCUGAUUCAUCAACUGUUACGGUUGCUUGGGUGGCUUUGUCAAGCGUCAUUGCUUCAGUACCCAAGGAGGUGCUUCCUUCUUACAUAAAACUGGUCCGUGAUGCUGUGUCAACAUCGCGAGAUAAGGAGCGAAGGAAAAAGAAGGGAGGGCCAAUUCUCGUACCUGGUUUUUGUCUUCCUAAAGCACUUCAGCCUAUAUUGCCGAUUUUUCUCCAGGGUCUCAUAAGUGGGUCUGCUGAAUUGAGGGAGCAGGCAGCAUUGGGACUUGGUGAACUGAUAGAGGUGACCAGUGAACAGUCACUCAAGGAGUUUGUCAUUCCAAUAACAGGGCCUCUUAUCCGCAUAAUAGGUGAUCGCUUCCCGUGGCAGGUGAAAAGUGCCAUUUUGUCUACUCUAAUCAUCAUGAUAAGAAAGGGUGGCAUCUUCCUGAAACCUUUUCUUCCUCAGCUGCAAACAACAUUUGUCAAGUGUUUACAGGAUAGUACGAGAACUGUUCGUUCUAGUGCUGCCCUGGCGCUUGGGAAACUCAGUGGACUCAGUACCAGAGUUGAUCCUUUAGUUAGUGAUUUGCUUUCCAGUCUGCAGGGAUCAGAUGGUGGUGUUCGUGAAGCUAUUCUGACUGCUUUGAAAGGUGUCUUGAAGUAUGCGGGGAAGAAUGUGAGCUCUGCUGUUAGAAAUCGUGUUUACAGUGUUCUCAAGGAUUUAAUUCAUGAUGAUGAUGACAAAGUUCGAAUAUAUGCUGCAAGCAUAUUGGGUAUCUUGUCACAGUACCUUGAAGAUGUUCAGCUGACGGAGUUGAUUCUGGAACUAUCAAGUCUAGCUAAUUCACCAAGCUGGCCUCCUAGGCAUGGCUCCAUCCUUGCAAUCUCUUCCUUGUUCCGCCACAAUCCAGCUCCAAUUUGUUCGUCUUCCUUGUUCCCGACUAUCGUAGAUUGCCUUAGAGACACAUUGAAGGACGAGAAGUUCCCUCUUCGUGAAACUUCGACUAAGGCAUUGGGAAGGCUCCUUCUUUAUAGUACUCAGAUGGAUCCUUCGGACAUGCUUCUAUACAAAGAUGUGCUUUCAUUGCUAAUUUCAUCCACACGUGAUGACUCCAGCGAAGUUAGAAGAAGGGCGUUAUCUGCUAUAAAGGCUGUUGCCAAAGCAAAUCCUUCAGCCAUUAUGUCACAUGGCACCAUUAUUGGUCCUGCUCUAGCAGAGUGUUUAAAAGAUGCAAAUACUCCUGUUAGACUUGCUGCAGAACGAUGCGCUCUACAUGCCUUCCAAUUAACAAAGGGUUCAGAAAAUGUUCAAGCUGUACAGAAGUAUAUCACUGGCUUGGACGCUAGACGUCUAUCAAAGUUGCCUGAAUACAGUGAUGAGAGUGAAGACAGCGAUGAAGAUACAUCAAGUAGCUGAGUAGCUCAUCAGGUGUUUUGUUCUUCCUUUUCUUCUAUAGAGUGGGAAUACAAAAUUCUCAUUGAUUACCAAAUUUUUGGUGGCGCUAUGUUAUAGUCAAAGAUAUAGAUAAACACAAUUUGAGGCUUUUUACCCAAAUUUUUCUGCUUGGGUAUUUGAUAUGUCGAUAUAAUUGUAAAUCAGAUGAGGCGAAUUGUCUGUAACUGUAUUAUUUUUUCU